GGGUCGGGUUCUGGGGAUUUAGGUUUUUCUCUUCUUCUUCCGUUCUCCCAAGAUCUUCGAAAACCCGGGGAGCUAAACAUGGACCGAGAGUGGGGCUCCAAGCCCGGCAGCGGCGGCGCCGCCUCCGCCCAGAACGAAGCCAUCGACCGCCGCGAGCGACUCCGACGACUCGCCCUCGAGACCAUCGAUCUCGCCAAAGAUCCCUACUUCAUGCGCAACCACCUCGGAAGCUAUGAGUGUAAACUUUGCUUGACCUUGCACAACAAUGAGGGUAACUACUUGGCCCAUACACAGGGAAAGCGCCACCAGACCAAUCUCGCCAAGCGCGCCGCGCGUGAGGCCAAGGACGCUCCCGCUCAGCCCCAGCCCCACAAGCGCAAAGUCUCCGUUCGCAAAACAGUGAAAAUUGGUAGGCCGGGGUAUAGAGUAACGAAGCAGUUUGAUGGGGAGACAAAGCAGAGGUCUCUUCUCUUCCAGAUUGAGUAUCCUGAGAUAGAAGAUAAUGCAAAGCCAAGGCAUCGUUUUAUGUCGUCUUAUGAGCAGAGGGUCCAGCCCUUCGAGAAAAGAUACCAGUAUCUUCUGUUUGCAGCCGAACCAUACGAGAUAAUUGCUUUUAAGGUUCCGAGUACAGAGAUUGACAAAUCAACUCCGAAGUUCUUUUCACAUUGGGAUCCAGACUCCAAAAUGUUCACGUUGCAGCUAUAUUUCAAAGUUAAGCCACCAGAGACAAACAAACCUCAACCUCCCCCAACAGCCAAUGGCACAGGUGCUCCUGGAGUUCCUUCAAGGCCUCUACCCCCACCACCCCAAGGUCCACCUCCUCCUCCUCCACAAGGAAUGGCGCCCGGUGCACCUAUGGGAAACCCUCCUAGGGCUCCACCACCUAUUCCUGGGUCCUUACUGCCACCUCCUCCUAUGGUAAAUGGUCCUAGGCCUAUGCCUCCUGGUGGGGCUCCACCUGCCCCACCUCCACCUCCUGUCGGCAAUAACACAAUGGUGAAUUUCACUCCUGGUACCCAGAUGGGUAGACCACCGACUAUGCCACCUCCACCACAAGGCUUCCAAGGACAACAGAUGCAGGGCCAGGGUCUUCGUCCUCCUCCUCCACCUCCUAGCAUGGGCUAACGGGAACACAUUGCCUCCAGAAUUGCAACAAAUGACAAUUUGAGAUGAUAGACCUGUGGAGCUAUACCUGAUUGAUGAACUUUAAUUACUCCUUUGGGUGUAGAAGUUCAGUGUCCCAUUUUUCAUUUGUAAACGCCUGUGUUAAGAUUUAAAUCGAAAAGAUAUUGAAAGUUGUAACAUGUGACUUAUCUGAUUUUUGUAUGAUUGCAAUUUCAUGUGAACAUAUUGCAUUUGCAAUUUUGCAUUA